GUUGUGUGCAGUGUGAGUGUUGUGUGCGGGGUGAGUGUGUGUGUUGUGUGCAGUGUGAGUAUUGUGUUGUGUCUUGUGUGUGUAUGUUGUGUGUGGCGUGAGUGUUGUGUGCAGUGCGAGUGUGUUGUGAGUUUGUGUGUUGUGUGCGGGGUGAGUGUGUGUGUUGUGUGCUGUGUGUGUGUGUUGUGUGCCAUAAGUGUGUGUGCUGUGUGCGGGGUGAGUGUGUGUGCGGGGUGAGUGCGUGUGUUGUGCUGUGUAAACGUGUGAGUAUGUGUGCGGUGUGUGUUGUGCUGUGUAAACGUGAGGGUGUGUGUGCAGUGUGCGGGGUGAGUGUGUGUGUUGUGCUGUGUAAACGUGUGAGUAUGUGUGCAGUGUGUGUUGUGCUGUGUAAACGUGUGAGUGUGUGUGUUGUGUGCGGUGUGUGUUGUGCUGUGUAAACGUGUGAGUGUGUGUGUUGUGCUGUGUAAACGUGAGUGUGUAUGUUUUGUGCGGUAUGAGUGUAUUGUGUGUUGUAUGAAUAAAAAUGUCUAUAGAUUUUACAUAAUUACUAGUGUAUUAUUUAGACAGUAUAGUUUUAGAGCUUUGUGAGUGAAAUUUCACAAAAGUCUGGGAUUGAUGGCUCACCCAUUAACAGUCUGAGCUCUGCAUAUGCUAACAGUGUGGUGAUUCAGCAGUCAUUACUUGGUGAUUAUGGGGCUAGAAAGGUGUGGAAACGCCUCCUCUGACUACUAGAAACAAGAGUCAUUUUUGGGUUGUUUUCAGGCGGACUGAGGAGCUUCAGGAUGGAACACUCUUGCGGAGCAGCUGCUAAAACCCUGCAGCAGAUCCAGGAGAGCUGUGAUGAUCCAGGAGAGAGUGAUGAGGACUGCAGCUUGUCCUCAGAAGGGAGCAGUGAGGAGAGUGAGGAGGAAUUCAGUGAUUCUCCUGAGGAUGUUUGUGAAGAAAAUGAGGAGAACAUUGCACCUGCAAGGAAAAAAGCAAGGAGUCAGCCAACACUGUCCUGGAAGACAGAAAGAGAUGACGAUGUCGCUCCACCACCACUGCGCUUUCUUCCUGCAAGGGAGCCUGGUGUGCAGCUGAGCUCAGGGGACAAUCACACUCCUCUGGACCUCUUCAAGCUCUUCUUUUCAGAGGAGGCUGUGGAAACCCUCUGCAGAAACACCAACAAGCAAGCUGCCAAGAAUGUAGCCGGAGGGGUUAAGUACAAAUGGACAGAUUUGGGACCGGAAGAAUUUUACAGAUACGUUGGACUGACCUUCUACAUGGCCAUGAUCAAACUGGAUCAGAUCACAGACUACUGGCGGAAAAACAGCAUUUUUACCAUCCCCUUCCCGACACAGGUGAUGUCAAGGGAGAGAUACCGGACGAUAUCCUGGAAUAUACACAUGAGUGACCCAGAUGAGGACCCAGCGAAUGAUGCCAAGAAGGGAACCUCAGAGUACGACAGACUUUUCCAGGUCAAACCACUCAUGAGCACCAUUCAGAGUGCCUGUAAUUCGUACUAUCAUCCCCGCAGGAAUCUUGCUGUGGAUAACCGUAUGAGCGACAAACUAACCAGAUUGGGGUUCAAGAUGAUUGUGCUUGUAGAUUCUAGCAACGGGUACACUGUUGACUUUGCCCUCAGUACUAUAAAGAAUUUGUACAAAGACCAGGAACUCUUGUAUGAGUGUGUCAUGUCACUGAUUAACAAAAGGUAUCUGGGGUCUGGGUACCACGUGUAUAUGGACAGUUUAUUCACAAGCCCGAAGCUCUUUAAGGACUUAAUUACAUGUAAGAUUGGUGCUUGUGGAAUGUACAGAGAGUCCAUCAGGGACUGUCCACACGAUGCUGACAAUGCGCUGACCAGGACCUCACCUAGAGGAAAGUACCGCUGGAUAAGGGAUGGUUCUCUUCUCUUUGUGAAGUGGAUGGACAAACACGAGGUGUCUGUCUGUUCCACUAUCCAUCAAGCCUUUACUGGAGAUACGGUACAGAGAAAAGUAAAAUCCAAAAAGCUUGUCUACACCACACAGUCCAUUCCAUGUCCUUCACCAGUGAUGGAGUACAACAAGGUCAUGGGGGGUGUGGGUUUGUCCAACCAGCUGAUCCAGUAUUACACAGCACAGCACAAAACUUUGAAGUGGUACAGGAAGCUCUUUUUCUACUUUUUGGACAUUGCUGCAACCAAUUCCUACAUUCUCCACAAAGAACUAAACCAGGACAGCAGAACCUACAAGGCCUUCAUGGAGGAGCUCACUACUCAGCUGUGUGGUGUGCCACAGAAGACCAUUGUAAAGAAAGCCAGUGGUGUUCAUGUGCCAGUUCCUGGGACUGAGAUUGUCCUUGACCGCAGGAUGAGGGCAUCUGAUGGUCGCAAAACCUGUGUAUAUUGCAGGAAGUACAGGGGAACACAAACAAAAACCCCCUGGAAAUGCAAAGAGUGUGACGUCUACCUUUGCCUUCAACCUGACAGAAACUGUUUUUACGCCUGGCAUCCUGAUCAGGAGUGACAACUUGCUAUUCAGUUCUUAUGCUUUAAUAUUCCAGUAAAAAUUGUGGUUGGACAUUCAUUCACACAUGCACAUUUUUUUAAAUAAAAUUUAAAAGGCUUUUA